GCCUGCGCAAUCGUGCUGGAGGUUGCAGUUACUUUUUUCAAAGAGAGUGUCUCGCUGGCGGUGGAUGCGGUUGUUGGAAGGUGGAGGAGGGAAAACGGUGAGGUAACUGGGGCCUGGAGAGAAAGGACAGAACCGGGCCGGAACGGACCAGGCCAGGCCUCGUAAGGCAGGCGUUAACUGAAGCACCGAAACCGGGCCUGAGAACGAGGUUUGAAAGGUGACGGUUUGGCGAGGAGCGCCUGUGUUUCUAAAAGGAAAAGGUGGAGUGGGAGGAAGGGGGGGAACAAAAAAACCGUUCGUCAAUAAGUGAACGAUAAAUGUGUCUAAGAAAUCUUGUACACGGGGAGAGAGAGGAGGACGAAAAAGGCCCGUGUGUUGCAGCGUGAGGCGAGGGGGCGGCCCUCAGAAGCCCGGAGCGCUGCGUUAGCAGAGAGGGGAAGGCGCCAUGGCUGGUACCAAUUACAAUUGCCUUAACCGAGCUCAACUGACCUUCGAAUACCUACACACCAACUCAACCACUCAUGAGUUUCUUUUUGGAGCAUUGGCAGAGCUAGUAGACAAUGCCAGGGAUGCUGCUGCUACAAGAGUGGAUAUUUACACUGUGCGGAAUGUAGAUUUGCGAGGAACGUUCAUGCUGUGUUUUCUGGACGAUGGAGCUGGGAUGGAUUGCAAUGAGGCUGCCAGUGUCAUCCAGUUUGGGAAAUCUGCCAAAAGGACUCCAGAAUCCACACAGAUUGGACAAUAUGGAAAUGGACUCAAGUCUGGCUCAAUGCGAAUUGGCAAAGACUUUAUUCUGUUUACGAAGAAAGAGGAGACUAUGACCUGUGUUUUUCUUUCAAGAACAUUUCAUGAAGAGGAGGGGAUUGAUGAGGUGAUAGUUCCACUUCCAACAUGGAAUUCUAAAACCAGAGAGCCCAUCACUGACAACCCUGAGAAAUUUGCCAUCGAAACAGAACUGAUCUACAAGUAUUCACCAUUCAAGGCCGAGUCUGAGGUCAUGGAGCAGUUUGAUAAAAUCAAAGAGGAUAAUGGAACAUUGGUGAUAGUUUACAACCUUAAACUGAUGGAUAAUGGGGAACCAGAACUGGAUGUUACCUCUGAUCCUACAGAUAUUCUGAUGGCGGGACCACAACUUGAAGGAGUAAAACCUGAGCGGCGUUCCUUCAGGGCAUACACAGCUGUACUGUACAUUGACCCUAGGAUGAGAAUUUUCAUUCAAGGUCACAAGGUCCGAACAAAACGACUCUCCUGCUGCUUGUUCAGGCCCAGAAUGUACAAGUAUUCGUCAAAUCGGUUUAAGACCCGUGCAGAACAGGAAGUGAAAAAAGCUGAACAUCUGAUGAAAAUAGCUGAGGAGAAAUCACGGGAAGCGGAAAGCAAAGCACGGGCCCUAGUAUUGAAGUUGGGAGAUGACUUGAGCAGGGAAUCGAGGGUUCAUCUACGACAGGUGCAGGAUGCUGCAUUCAACCUGAGCAGAGAAGCUGAUGUGAAAAAACGAAUACACGAGGCAAAACUCAGAGCAUUGAAAGAGCCAAAGGAGAUGUGCUUUAUUUUUGGUGUGAACAUUGAACAUCGUGACCUGGAUGGAAUGUUCAUUUAUAACUGUAGUCGUCUCAUAAAGAUGUACGAGAAAGUCGGACCACAGCUGGAAGGAGGAGUUUCAUGUGGUGGAGUGGUGGGUGUGGUAGAUGUCCCAUACCUUGUUCUGGAGCCUACCCACAACAAACAGGACUUUGCAGAUGCUAAGGAGUAUCGGCAUCUUCUGAGAGCCAUGGGCGAGCACUUGGUGCAGUACUGGAAAGACAUCGGCAUCGCGCAGAAGGGAAUAUUGAAAUUCUGGGAUGAAUUUGGCUAUCUGUCAGCCAACUGGAAUCAGCCACCUUCUGACGAGACAUUAUAUAAGAGGCGACGUGCUAUGGAAAUCCCAACCACCAUUCAGUGUGAUCAAUGUUUAAAAUGGAGGACACUUCCAUACAGAGUGGAUGAUGUUGGUAAGGAGUAUCCGGACAGUUGGACGUGUUCUGUAAGCCCAGACCAUGUACAGAAUCGGUGUGAUGCUCCAGAACAGAAGCAAAAUGUUCCAAUAGGGACACUUCGAAAAGAGGUGAAAUCACAUGAGGAGAAAAUACAGGCACAACAAAAGAAGUUGGAAGCAUUGAAGAAGAAUAUGCCUAUCCGUUCACAGGCAGAUUUAAAAAAAUUACCACUGGAGGUCAGCAGCAAACCCUUGCUGGAGGGACAGUCAUCUACAAGUAGCCAGCGGCCACGAUCACCACCUCUAGCUGAUAUAAUCAAAAAUGCUCCAAGUCACCCACCUCCAACAAAGUCACAAGCUUUAUUACGAAAGGGAUCUGCAGCUCGAUCUGCGGGCAAAGCUGUGACCACACAUACCAGCUUUAAUAGUAAGAAAGCAGCAAUCAACACAGGACGGCCCCAGCAACGGCCAACAGUGUCUGCAAAACAAAAACCUACUUCUUCCAAGGUUGGAUCUCAGCCUUCUACCUCCACAAGGAAUACUCCUUCUGUCUCUGCAACUAUGAAGGGUCAACAGUUGAAAGGAACAAAGACCUUGGGACUGAGGAAAGAGAUACUGAGUAGGGGAACACAGUCUGCAGGGACACGAAAGAGGAAUACAACAAUAGAAAGCAGUGAGGAGGAGGAAGUGGAAGACGAGGGGGAAGAGGAACAGGAAGAAAGGAAAGUGAAGAUAUCUGCGAAAGUUUCUGAUUCAAAGCGCCUUAAAAAGGACAUAACCGAUGUUGUGGAGAUUUCAGAUAGUGGAGGAGAGGUUGAGGAGGAGGAUGAGGCCAGCACAUCAAAAGAUCGAGGGCUUCUUGUAGAGGUAAAGGUGAAUAAGGAAUGGUAUACAGGCCGAGUCACUGAUGUUGCAGCAAGCAAACAAUCAGUGCGAUGGAAGGUCAAGUUUGAUUAUGUUCCAACUGCAACUACUCCAAGAGACAGAUGGGUUGAAAAAGGAUGUAUGGAUGUAAGGCUGAUGAAACCACCAUCUCCAGAGUACCAGACGCCUGAUACACUUGGUGUGGAAGAGGACAUCUCUGUCGAAACAGGAUCAACUUCGGACAGUACAAGAAUGGAGCCAGACACAACUCAACCGACAACCAGCAAAGAGACAGUGGAAGCACUGGUGGUGAGCUUCAGAAAUGCAUUGCGGUAUUUUCUGCCACCAAAUUACAGGAUAACAAAGGAGGAGUUAAGUUCUAUGACGCCAGAAGAGCUGGCUUCAUUCCCACUGAAAGAUUAUUUUGAACAGUAUGAGGAGGGAUUGAAGAACCUCUGCACUGCCUAUCAGACAAGGGCUGAAGAGCGUGUCCGAGCAACUGAGAAAAAGCUGCAGCAAAAUGAUGCAGAGCUGACAGAUGCGCAGGAAAAGCUCUGUAAAUUGCGAAAUAACAUUGUGGAGCUGUUGCGGAAAGUACAAGAGGAUAUUGAAAUUAACACAGAUGAUGAGCUUGAUGCAUACAUUGAGGAACUAAUUACAAAAGUGGACUGAUGUGGAUGCUACCAUACCUGCCACAAAGUGGGUCGGAAAGUUUGUUGGCACACUGCUGCAAAGUGGACUAAAAAAAAUUAGCAGUGUUUUAGAAAAGAGUUACUUCAUUUUGAGGUUUUAGCUUUAAAGUUUUACACCUUGUUCAAUGAGCUUGGAAUUUUGUAUUAUAUUUAUUAAAAAUACAACUACUUUUUUUGGUCAGUCUUUCUCCAGUCCAUAUCUGACGGCUGUUUAUUCUCCCAGAAACCACCUAGUUUCUAGGCUGUGUGGACAGCAGUUGUCUGUUUGAAACUUGUGUACAUCUUGCACACUGCCUUUCUUUUCCUCUUGCUUAGCAGGUGUUGACGUUUCAGAACCUGUUGCAGUCGUACUGCCAUUCCUGUGCCAUCUAAGCACAUUCUUCACAUAAAUGCUUUAAUUGGUGACACUAUAUUCAAGUUUGUUCUUACCUUCGUGACAAAUGCAUUUUGUAGUGGGGUUCCGUGAAUCAGGAACAAGGUAAAUAUAGAUGUUAUGCAAGCCCAAAAGUUUACUUUCUCUUGGCUGAAAUGUCAGUCUUGUUGAUAUGAGAGUGGGUCUUUAACUCUGAGAAUAGUCACCUGAACAGUUUAAAGCCUGUGUUUAGUUCUCUUUGUGGUAGUGUCUUCUGGCAAGAAUAUAUAUCACCCUGCUCAUUCCUUAAGCUGCCCCUCCCAAAGAUUGCAAGUCUUAUUGACAGCAGCAUGGUGAUUUGGAGACUUUGAUAGUUCUAAUGAUGGAAUUGCAGUUCUUUCUGCAUGAUCGCUCUCAAGAUUAUCUGGGUGCAUUCUAACAUUUCAAGCUGCAAAAUUUAGUUUUCAUUGACAAAGGGUUAUCCGACAGAAUGCUAUUCCCCAAUAAACAAAGUGGAACAACCCAUUUUGAGAGCACCCGUUCCUACUUCUUCACCAUUUUGAGUGAGCAGAGUAUAUUCAAAAAGGGACUACUGAAAUGCUGCUGUCCAAAGACAGCUCUAUCCCAACCAGGGUCAGAGGCACCCAUGUUGCCAACCUUGUCCCUAGCACCAAUUCCCCUUCACAUCAGGACUUGCUAAAUGGUGUAACCUUGCAGAUGAAUCAGUUGAUUCAUUUUCCAGAUUUAAGAGUAGAAAGAAUUCUCCUGACUUCAGGAAUGCAACAAUUGUGAAUACAGGAAUGAUAAUCACAUUUAAAAACUAUUGAGGUAUUUCCUCUUGUCCCUGCCUGGGACAAUGACACAUCCCAUUCACUGACAGAUACUGAACAGGUUUUGCGGUGAUAAGCAUUAUCUGCUACUUGGACUUGAGAAGCAUGCAGAUUCUUAGUUUAUAUUUCAGUAUACAGGUAGAUGACAAAUCCUUAAUGACACAGGUUUUAAGGAUUUGGUAAAAAUAAAUCUUGUGCAGUGUCAUGGACAGAGAAUGAUGUGGUUUGAUGCAGGUACUUUGUUGUUUUGAUCACGGCUGGUGGCAAUACCAGACAAAGUGGUUUCUGACUUGCUUACCGUGGUGAUCAGUCACUGAACAUAUCAACAAGAGGCUGUUGAUUAACUUUGCUGUUUUGUUAAAAGUACAUUACACAAAAGGGGAAACAAAACAGCUACACUCUACAAGAAUUAUUUGAAAUGGUCUUAUUACAAAUGUCAGAUAUAAAUAUUCAACCCUUUUGCCCUCAACCACAGCCUUGCAGAUAAUCAAACUCCAUUGAAAGAUCACCUGCUCCCAUUUUAUAAGCUUUCAGUCAGUAUGGCUGUAAGUAGUUUCUUUGUCACAGCUCUGCAUUUACUUGGUCAUCUUUCAGUUGGUAUCUCUCGCUGAGACCCUUAAACUGCAAACGCAACUAAUUUCUUAAUAAUGAUUUCCUCAAACUCCUUUCAUGUUCUCCUGUUUCUGGAACUUCUCUCUUGCUAACAAUAAGCCACUCAGGACUUUGUUUGUGUUAUGUCCUGAUUAUUUUAGAGACUUAAGGCCUGUAACAGCAGCAACAUAGAUUUUUGUUUCCUCUGAUUUGUUUCUCUAAAAGAAGUCUGCAUACACUCUGGCCUUUUGACUAGCUGUUGUUUUUAAAAAAGAUUUCCAUCUCCAAAUUUCACAGGGGACUUUGUUCUGAGGCACAGCUCAUCUUUUUUUUUACCUCUAUCAUCAUCUUGUUUCUCAGCAUUGAACUAUUCACCCUAAGGAUUUUAAAACACAGACAAACUUCCAGAUCACAUUUUACCACUCAAAACAGAAACCGAAAUUUAUCUCUCUUCUUAAACAUAUACAACAGAUCCAAAUUCAAGCUAUGCAUAGUACUGUCCAUCUUAGGACCGAAGUUUCCAAAUUAAAAUAAUAUACCAUGACCCUUCAUUACAAUGUUUCUACAAAUCAAACUAACAGAUGCUUUGACCUGUAUCCCUGGGAAAAGGCCUAACAAGGAGAUGUAAAAGUUUUCACCUCUUCAAAGCAAGUUACAUCACCAUCAACCAAAACUCUACUGCUGACACCCUCGUGACUGAAUGAAAUCGCAGAUGCAUAGAAAUCUGAUGAAGAAUGUGCUCAAGUCUACAAGACCUAUAAGAUAUCGAACUAGGCCAUUCAACCCAUCAAAUCUGAAAUCUGUUUUGCUAACCAAUGAGAUGGAGAUCAUGGCUGCCCUGAAUGAUUAAUUUCACUUUGUCUUUUCUCCAUAACCCUGUCUCCCCUUUCUAAUUAAAAAUGUCUGUUUCAGCCUUUCAUAGACUUAAUGACCCAACCUCAAUGGUUGUUUGCUGUCAAUUAUUCCAUAGACUCACCAUCCUCAAGCAAUUCCUCCUCCAUCUCUGUCUAAAAUGUGCAAUCUUUUAUUCUGAGAUGAUGCCCUGUGGUCUGAGGUUCUCCCACAAAGGGGAAAUAAACUCAGUUACCCUGAAGGUAGUGGUCACUAGGAACAGACAAUAAAUGCUGGCAACCUAGUGACACCAUGAGUGUUUUGUAAUGGUUAGGAGAGAGGACAGGGAAGGGAAUGUCAUGACAUCAAAUGUCAUGUGAUCAUGCUCCCUUUUGCAAUCUCAAGAAGCAGCUAUAGUAAGAGAUUUUGUAAUUGUUUAGGUAAAGAAACCAUUAACUGACAUUUUCAGCAGUUCACCCUACCCAAGAUCUAAAAUAUGUUAACAUCCAGUAAUUAUUCAAGAAAGAAGUAGAUAUGUUUCUGAUGAAAGGCUAGAAAAGGGCUAUGAAGAGCAGGUGGGGAAACGGAGUUGAGACCAGGAUAAGCUCAGCCAUGAUCAUGUUGAAUGGUGGAGUGAACUCGAAGGGCUGAAUUGCUUACUCCUGCUCCUAAUUCCUAUGUUCCUAACUAUAACAUUGUAGAGCAAAUAUUGUGAGACACAUUUUCAAGGUAGUGGUAUUUGUUAAAGAAUAUAGCCCCAGGAAAAGGCCAUUCAGCCCACAAGCCUGCAUUGAGACAUGACACCUUUCUAAACUUAAAAAGCUUUUGCCUCCGUGGUCUACACUCCUCUACUCCCCACCUACAUGUAUACAUCCAGAUGCCACAAAUGUUGCCAUUGUAUCUGGUUCUACCACCUUUGGCAGUGCUUCCACGCACUUGCCACUCUGUUUUUAAAAAAAACUUGUCUCAAAUCUCUAUUAAACUUUCCCACUUUUAUCUUAAAUCUAUCUACCCUAGUAACUGACAUUUUUACCCUUUGAUCAAGACUUGAAGGUCCAUUGUAUUGAUGCGUGUCAGAAUUUUGUAAAAUUCUAUCGGGUCGCCUAUCAAUCUCCAUUGUUCAAAUGAAAACUAAGUUUGUUCAAUCUCUCCUCAUAAUUAGAGAUAGUAGGAACUGCAGAUGCUGGAGAAUCUGAGAUAACAAGGUGUAGAG